AAUAUUUUUUUCUCUUUUUCCAUUCAUUAUAAAUAGAAAAAAGAACUUUAUACACCUGACCCUCGAUUUACGCGAAAAUCUGUUCUACGUAGAUUCGUUUUACGCGAAUCGCGUAAAUAGAGUUUGUUGGUACAAGGAAAACAAGUAUAUUGGAAAGAAAAGCUGACCCUUCUCUCCAGAAACGGAGAGGUAGCAGUAGUAGUAAUAUCGUGGGAGCAGAGAGAGGUGAAGGAGUGAUUGCCAUGACUACGACAGGAGCCCAGUAUGCCCUCGCAGCAUCCACCAGAGCUAAUAAUAGUGGGGGUAACUCUGCAACAGUGGGGGUGGAACCUAAGUCAAGCGUUGUUGUCGUGACUACUUCCAGUUCCAGUGGCAGUGGUAGUGCAGCACAGAGUCAAUCGACAAGGGGCCAGCAACUUAUCACUGUUGUUACCAGUCCUGAUCCUUCCAGUCCAAACAAUCUACAACCUAUCCAGUUAUUGGUUCAGGAUCCGCUUGAAACAGCUGCAGAUUCUUCCAACGGCUCAACAGGUACUCCAGCACAUGUUACAGCCCAAGUUGUAGUGAAUACUACUCAUUCAGGUCAACACACUCUCGUUGAUUCUGACGCUGCAUCCACAUCAGCUGGUACUAUCGUUGGUGGCUCUCCACAUUUUAUUACUGUUACAGGCACCAGUGAUUCACCAUCCUACGCAUCCCUCACAACGGCAGUAGUAUCAGGAGAACCAGAGGCAGUGGGGUCCGAAUCAGUUUCUCAUCCUACCUAUGUUCAAUAUGUUGAGGGGGAUGGUUCCACGUAUAUACCGACAAAUGGUCAGAUGACAUAUCCUGUAUACGCUGUUGGAGAAGCAGGAGCAAUGUAUACUCCUGCUUCGAGCCAAUAUUAUACACCAGCAUCUACACCAGUAACAUAUGCACAGGUUACUGGGCAAGGUUCGAAUUCGACUACUGGACAGUUAUUAUCUCAGGGUAAUGGCACGUAUCUGAUCCAACAAAGUGUUGUGGAUGGUGAUCCCACUGCACAUGCAUUAAUAUCUGCAGCUGCAGCACGUGCUAGUCCACAAACGGAAAAUGCGGAAACUGUGGUUAGCGGGGGUGGAGGGGCAUACUUGAUCAGCGGUAAUUCAGGAGGUACUACAGUCACCGUGGAAGAUGCUGCAGCUGCAGCAGCAAACAUGACGCAUGCUACUAGAGUUUCCCAAGCAACAGUUCACUGGUUGCUUGAAAAUUAUGAAACAGCAGAUGGUGUCUCUCUUCCAAGGUCUACCCUUUACAAUCAUUAUUUACGUCAUUGUUCUGAAAAUAAAUUAGAUCCUGUAAAUGCAGCAAGCUUUGGAAAAUUAAUUCGCUCUGUCUUUUUGGGUUUAAGAACCAGACGGUUAGGCACCAGAGGAAAUUCAAAAUAUCAUUACUAUGGAAUUAGAGUGAAACCUAGUUCUCCAUUGAUGAUGUUAAAUGAAGAUGGGACACCCCGACAGCAACAAAGUGCAAAUUCUCAAACAAAACGAUUCAAAUUUGUAAAUCAAAAGCAGGAUACUACGUACGAAAAUAAUACACAUUCAAAUACGAAUAUUUCUUCAAAUGCUUCACCGCCACAGUACCAUCAGUAUCUUGGUGAAGCGAGUGGUGCAAUUCCAGAAUUCCCUGAAAUAAUAGUUGGCCAUGGAUCCUCCCUUCCUGAGGAUUGUACGUUAGAAGACAUCGAUACAUUUCGAAGUAUAUACAGGGAACAUUGUGAAGCAUUUUUGGAUGCUGUUCUUACUUUUGAAUUUGCUACCGUGGAAAGCCUUUGGAGAGAAUUUUGGCGUAGUCAAGACAAUAAUAAUGGGGAUGAGUGUGAAGAAGAAAAAUAUUUAUCGAAAACCAAAUUGUAUCAGAUGUGUAAGUGUUCGGAAGUUCAAGAUUUCAUUAGGAAAGUAGACUACACAUUUUAUCAAAACUUGGUUGAAGUAUUAAUGCCUAAUGUAUUGCGACCCAUACCGAGCUCAUUGACACAAUCUAUUCGAAAUUUUGCGAAAGGAUUAGAAUCUUGGUUAACAUCAGCAAUGGCUGAUUGUCCAGAAGAGAUGACUCAAAUAAAGUUAACAGCUGUAUCGGCAUUUGCUCAGACAUUAAGGCGUUACACGUCUUUAAAUCACCUUGCUCAAGCCGCGCGUGCAGUACUUCAAAAUCCGAGUCAAAUACAUCAGAUGUUAGCGGAUUUGAAUCGUGUUGAUUUCCAUAAUGUACAAGAACAGGCUUCUUGGGUUUGUCAGUGUGAUUACGCAAUGGUGCAACGCUUAGAGGCAGAUUUUAAAGUAACAUUACAACAACAAAAUUCAUUAGAAGAUUGGGCGAUUUGGUUGAAAAGUGUUGUGACGCAAGUUCUUAAACCAUUCGAAGAGAAACCCACCUUUGCAAAAGCUGCACGUCAAUUUUUGCUCAAGUGGUCCUUUUAUAGUUCCAUGGUCAUUCGUGAUCUCACUUUAAGAAGCGCAGCUAGCUUCGGGUCCUUUCACCUCAUGCGGUUAUUAUAUGAUGAGUAUAUGUUCUACUUAAUUGAACAUCAAGUAGCAAUUGCUACAGGGACGACUCCAAUAGCUGUAACGGGAGAUAAAAGUCAAAAUUGUACUUUGGUCAGUGCAUUUGGUGCGACUUCUAAUGGAGAAAUAUUUUUUUGUUUUCCAGAUACAUUAAACACAAAUCAACCAAAGCGUAUGAAAUUAAGCUAACUGCGUGCCUACAUGCCUUAGUUUGCGAGUUAGCCAGUAGCACUUGAGAAUGAAAUAUUAGCACAAGAGCAUGCAGGCCUACUAAUACACUAGUCCUAUAAAUUAUAAUUUUGUAUAAGACAGAAUCUUGUCGAAUUAUGACUUAACAAAGAAGAUUUUUGCAUAAUGCCCAGGAUAUACAGUAAAAAAUGAAACCGAACAUACGUAUCAGAUCCUAACAUAAAUAAUAUUUCAUUGAAUACUUGCAUAUACAAGACAAAAUACACGAAAUGUAGUGUUUUGCAGGAUUCUUUAGCUUCCCAAAUAAAAUUUUGCAAUCCUAUUAUUAUCAUUAUUUUGGUGGAUAUAAAUUAUUUUCGUAGAGUCGAUUUCAACCCACAAUUAAUUUGGAAUGAAAAUACUACGUUUCUUGUAAGUUUAAUAUUUCGCCCACAAUUCUUUCGUCUUAAGGGAGUACGCCACCUAGAGACAUUUUAAAUAUACAUAAAUUUUAGGAUUUUUGUUGUUAAUAACUAUUAAGUGAAAACUUUUGAUCUCUUGUGGAUGUAUAACUGUGACCUUCUGCUUUAUAUUUACAUUUUUUCUAAGCUGAAAUGUUACAAAAUGGCACAGUUAUACGCUAGCUUCGGAACCCCUUUUCGUAAAACAGCCAUUGUUAAUUGACUCGAUUGCAAAUAACUGAAACAUUCGAAGUCAAAAAUUUGUGUGGAUUUGUAAACAGAAAUAUGUUAUCUAAAAUGUAACGUACGGAUUUUCCGAAAUUUUAAUUAUUAUGGAAAUGGCAAGCUUUUAAAGUGCAAAAACCUGUUUGUACUCCAAGAAAUUAGCCUCAAAUGUUUAUAAAAAAUUAAAUAAUUGAGAUAUCGAAAAAAUCAUACACUACAUUGUACAGUAUUGUAUGUAGAAUAUUCCCACCAAAUUUAAAGGAAAUCGGACGUGUAGUUGCAGAGAUCUCGUGUCCGUCGGUAUGUUCUAUGUAUUUGCUGCUUCAAAAAAAUUAUUUUUAUUCAUCUAUGUGGUGUCCCCCCUUAAUAACAUUUUAAACAUGCUUUAACAUGUUCCGUAAAAUACUUUCGCAGUAUUUUGCUGUAAUAGAAUGCCACUGUCCUGCAGUUUUUGCCACAACUGAAAUAUGUAGGACCAUCAUUGUAAUAUCAUUUCCAAAUUGUUUGCACUAUUGACUGGCUAAUACCAAAUUUCGUAGCAAUUUGUCCCAUUGAUAAACCAUUUGUAAGUUGAGAAACAAUAAUACUAUCUUUUACACAGCGAUAGCGGUUUCAUUACGAUCUUUUAAAAAUAUUGUAUAUUCCUGUAUAAGCUACGAAAAACUAACUCAACACUAGUACAAAGUCAUGAACAUCACAAAAUCGAUUCUACAAAAAUAAUCUAUAUUUACUAAAACAAUAAUGAUGACACAGGGUAACAUUUUUUUUGAAAAGACAAAACCACUUAAAUGACAUUAUAUACUUUGGUUUUUUAUUAUUCCAUAUGUAAACAUUAAGUUAAAUAUUAUUUAUGUUAAAGUUCCAUAUGUAUGUUCAGUUUUGCUCUUUACUGUGUUACGAUCUAAGUAAGUCUGUGUGAUAUAACAUGUACGAAUAUGUACUGCAAGUCUUGUUACGUACAAGCGAGCAUACAAUUCAAGUGUAAGGUAUCGCUGGCACGAUGUUUAGUAUUUUAAUGUAUCUUCUAGUCGAAACAUUUUUUAAAAAUAUACGGGACCAUGAAUUGUCAUGCCCUUAUAGCAUAUAAUAUCAAAAGCUUACUCGAUAUAGUUUCCUCUUUCUAUAAUGUUUCGCGAAAUCGAUACUUUGACGAAUUGAAUGGAAUAUUAUUUAUUUAUUUAUAUUAAUGAAUGAAAUGAAUAAUUUAUUUAAUCAGUUGUUUAGUAAUGGCUCGCCUUAUAUGCUAUUUUAUCUACGAAGUUUCCAAAUGUUUCAUUUUUAUAUGAAAACAGUCGAGUAGGCUUAAAAUAAUAAACAUCAGUUUAUGUGAAAAAAAAUGCAUUCAUAUCGACGGAUUCUAUUUUGCACAACUACUUGAGUAACGUUUAAUGAAAUCCGCCCUGCCGACGGUAUUGUCAAAUAAUAAAAGAAUAUUCCUACUGAAGCAGAUGCGAAUUAGAUUACUAUAAUUAUAUACUUGUACGAGUUUUAGAUAUUUCUGACAUUCAUAUUUUUUAACACGACUUAUUAAUUAUACAUCGAGCUACAUAGAAAACAAUUCUGUUGUAAGCCGUCUGUUACACUCCAUAUAUAUAUUCUUUCAGUAUUUUUAAACGAAUAGUACAAAAUAAUACUUGAAAGGUAUGGGUGUAACGAUAUAAUAAUGUAAUCGUUUUAAUUUACUGAUAGAAUAUACACUAUGGUUCUCGCAUUGAAAUGUACAUAUACAAAUAAUGUGGUGGAUAGGCAAAAGUGCACAGUUGUUGAAGUUUAAAAAAAAAGGGGGAAAGUGAAACUGCAAAUUGUAACAGUAGAAACUGAGAGUGUCUGCUACUUUGCUUUGCGUUUAAAUACUUUUAAUUAAUAUAUUUAUUAGAUCGGUACAUAUGAAAUGUUGAAUCUUUUUGCAGAAGAAAGGAAACCUAAAAGAUGUUUAUUUAAUCAAAAUGUGUGUUAUAAUGAUUUCACUUUUGCCAUCGUGUUUUUAUUCUUAAUAUAUUAUCAUUAAUAUAUUUCUUUUUUGAAAAAUUCUUAGUUUUAGAAUUAAUAAAUUCUGAUGACAUUGUUAUAAAUUACGGUUUUAGAUUUAUCACGUGGCUGCUUUUGCAAAGAAACAUCAUUCAAACGAAAUUUUACAAAUCAAUGCUGCACUGUUCUUUCGUUCAUAGUAUUGCCCUCAAAUGUUUUGUUUAUGUUUUCAGCGGUUUUUGCAGCAUUAUUUUCAAGCUUGAUUUCAUAUAAGAAAAUUACACGAAUGUUAGCGAUAUCUAUGUUUUCAAAAAACUAUUCAAGAAAUAGUUAUUAUGCACAAUUCAAAAAAAUUUUCUUGCAAAACAUUACUCUGUUAAUAGACAAUGAAACUGUUUAAGAGUUUAUGUGAAAAACAAAUAAAUAACAACACCAGGAGUAUAAACAUUUACAAGUAAAAAAAAUCUGACAUUUCAUAUGCUCCAACCUGAUACUAUAAAAGAGUUUGUGUCAAUAUAUGUUUUAUAUUCAUAGACAUUCGAGUAACUCUUUUGUGUAAUAAAGCCCUAGGUCUAAGAGUGCAUUGUGAAUUUCACGUUAUAUUCCUUUUUGUUAUACAUGUAUGUAACAUGGCAAAAGUAUGCUGAUAUAUUUAAGCUGUUUUAAAUGUUGAAAACAUACGUAACAACAUUCUUGUUUUUCUCUUGUCUACAGCAUUCCAAUGCUGCUGUUUUCGUCAAAUAUUUAGUAAUUUAUUAUAAUUAAGUUUAAUCAUAACUAUAUAUAAAUAAAUAAAUAUAUAUAUAUAUAUUAUAAAUAAUAUAUAUAUAUAGUAGCCAUGCUUGAACAUGAGAAAUUACACGAUAUGCUGGCUAAUUUUUAUUUAUAAUACACCAAAAGACUUAUGUGCUAAUUUAAAUUUAUUGAAAGGGAAUAUAAUCUGGUAUGUAUCACAGAUUCAUUAAAACUUUGUAUAUAUUAUUUUUAUAUUCCAAUGAAAAAUUUGUUCAGUCUGCAAUAUUUUCAUAUUUUGUACAUUUACACUUCUAUAUGUUCUAAUGUACUACAUUAUUUAAUUUGUGUGAUGAGUAAUAUGGUUGAUUAUAUUCAUGUGCUAUCAUAUCUCUCUAAAUAAGUACAAAGUUUCAAUGAAGUUGAUAUGCAUUACAUUAAAUAUGUUCCAAUGAUAUGCUUAUUGUGUUAUACAUUAAUAUCACAAUACUACUUAUUGAUAAAAUAUUUGAUCAAAUACUUGAACUUAAGUGAACUUACAUUGUGCAUACAAAUUUAAGUUUCCUAAAAUGCAGUAUACAUAUAUGUAAUUAAUUGUUUUCGCGAUAGUGACUACUAUAUAUUUUGCAAUGGACAUAUAAUGAAUAUUCGUUUGAAAUUGUUACAAAUCGCGUGUGAGUUCUUUCAGAGACAGAAUCAAUAUUAAAAAUGUAUUUUUUAUUGCAAAGCACCGCUGUAUAGAACAUUUGUCAAACUUUGUGAAUAUAUGACACACGUGACUUAAAAAUAACUGAACUUUAAUAAGCAAGAACACAUGAACUGCCUAAAAUUACAGAAAAUUCUAGACAUUAAAUGUAUCUUACAGCAUUUAAAAAAAAUAGAAGAAUGUAAUCGAUAUGAACUCCUACGAACAAACUGGAUGUUUGGCAAAACUUGGUGCCUUUUAUUUCAUACAAAAAAAAAAGAUGAACAUUUUUUUACCGUACUUUAAUUAUACAAAGAA